AUGGCACUCUCUCUGGCUUCUACCGUGUCAGAGACACUCCUUAGCGUCUGUGCGAUUGCUUUGGUUGCCAUUUUGUCUCUGCAGGUAGAAGCCACAAGUGCCUUGACCUCUGAAAAAUUUAACACUAAAAGCUCUGAUUUUCCAAGUGAUUUCUUGUUUGGUGUUUCUACUUUUGCUCCUCAGACUGAAGGAUCACCCAGACAAGAUGGGAGAGGACCUAGUGUCUGGGACAACUAUGCUGAAAAAGAUCCAGGAAGAGGUGGGAGGGAAGAUGUGGAGGCUUUGAAGCAACUUGGUGUAAAUUCUUACAGAUUUUCCAUUUCUUGGGGCCGGAUUCUUCCUGGAAGAACUUUGACAGGUGGAGCGAACAGCAAGGGCAUUCAAUGCUAUAACAAUAUCAUUGACAGACUAAUCAAAUAUGGAAUCAAACCAGUUGUAACAUUGUUUCAUUUUCAUUUUCCUCAAAUCUUGCAGGACUGUACUAAUGGUGGUUUCAUAAGUAGAUCAACUGUGAACUUUUCCAGAGAUUAUGCUGAAGUUUGCUUCAGAGAAUUUAGAGAUAAAGUUAAAACUUGGAUUACAGUAAAUGAACCCACUGUGCUUAUUGGAUUACUAGCCGGACCAGUGGGUUUCGGGAAUGGAGUGAAUGUGAAGGAUACAUAUACUGGAGCUUAUUUGAUUGCAUUGAAUGGGUGA